UGAAACGCAACCAACUUCAAGGCUUGGACGUUUCUUUCCGGUUGAAUUUUUGACAGAUCAACAACUAAAAAAUGGCCAAGCGCACCAAGAAGGUUGGAAUCGUAGGUAAAUAUGGUACCCGUUAUGGUGCUUCCCUGCGUAAAAUGGUCAAGAAAAUGGAAAUCACCCAGCACAGCAAAUAUACCUGCUCGUUCUGCGGCAAGGAUUCCAUGAAGCGUGCUUGCGUCGGCAUCUGGUCCUGCAAGCGCUGUAAGCGUGUUGUCGCUGGUGGUGCCUGGGUUUACUCUACCACCGCUGCUGCCUCCGUUCGCUCUGCUGUCCGUCGUCUACGUGAAACCAAGGAACAAUAAACUGUUCUUCAGUUUGCGUUUCUUAGUUAUGUAGGAGUUAAAUUUUAAACAACAACACCAUCAGUAACAAAAAUUAGUUUUUUACUAAUUUUUGUGUGUGCGCGCUGUUAGCCAAGAUCUGUGUUUUUGGUUGUUUUGUUUACGACAAAUUCGUAAAUAAUGGACCAGAAAUGUGUGUGUGAAUAAAAAUAUUUUUUUUCAUAAAAAAACGGAUGAAAACUAA